CGCUCUGAAGAAGGGACCACCGCUUGAGACGUAAGCCUUUAAACUCUUUACGGUGGCCAAUUUACGUUUUCAACUCUAUUGUAGAUAUCUUCUGACUUUCUUGAGUUUCUCCAAGCUAUGGAUACAAAGGAAGAUAACAGUGGUGAGAAGGGACUGUUAAAAGUAAGCAUAACUCUUUCUUUAGCUCCGAUUAACAGAUCAAACUGUAAAUAUUCUGUCGAUAAAUUCAAGGAAAUUUACCCCUUUCGAACUGUACUUCUUCUUUUCAGCAAGUUAAAGCCUUAUUGUCUCAAUUGAUCCUCGGUUGCUUAAGCUAACUUGGUCGAUACGAGUGUCGAUAUUUGAUUUCAAAUCUCCUCCUGAAGUCAAGGGAAGUUUUCCGUUUUACCGAGUUCAUGCUAUCAUGCUAUCUAUUGCGCGAUCGAUGCCCGAUCCUUCGAGUAAUCUUGAACUCGUUAGUGGUGGAGAUUUCCAAAGGGAAACUCGGCAAUCCCUCGAUAGAAUACCACAAGAAAAUAUGCACUUUAUUUAAAAACUAGCAAGCUAGGAACCUGGAAAAAUGGCUUACUGUAAUUUGUGAAACGAAACGAAAUGAAAAAUUUAUGAUUUGCGAGAUGGAAAUAUGCUAAUGAUUUGCAAAAUAGAAAUCACGAAUUACAGAAUUUCAUUUCGCAAAUUACAUAUUUCUUUCAUGGCUGUUUUAAAAUUGAAAAGCCGAGAUAUCGAAGAGAUGAUAUCUCGAUCGUUUGCCUUCGUUGUGGACCUGAAGAAGUUCUAUUCCUGAAAGAACUUGGUAUUGCACGUGGUUCGAGCGAGUUUCCCUUUUUUAACUCGUGAGUUGCGCGCAUGUGAAAGAGCGAGUUAUAGAUACGAUGUAGGGAAUAGCACUCGCUCGCUCGCUCGAUUGGUCGACUCCUGUAAACUUUUUUUCGAUUUUAGGCUUUUGAGUGAAUUUGAUAGUUUUUGGCAAGCAAUAAACAAACGAAAUGGCGACCUUUGUUGCUAAGAAUAGUGGUGGGGCGAAAAAGAAGCCAAUGAUAAUCUUAAAAGAGUGUUUUUUUUCGUUUUAGUUUCAACAAGCGGCGCCAGCGACUGGCAGGCAUGCAAGGAUUCACACUGAAAUAACAGAACAACCUUCGUUUUUCAUAAAAUUGUAAUUCACAAUCCUUGAACUUGAAAACCAUCCGAAGAUUCAUUGAAAAUAUCACUUACUGCGAAGCGCACGGAGUUUACAGAUGUUCAAAAGCUUUUUCUGUUAUGGCGUGAGAUUAAGGACAAAAUCGAUCAUUACGUUUCGUAUCGUGUGUUUUUCCUGUGUGAAGCAACAAAAGAUGCCGGCUACUGACGAAAUUACAAGUUAACACGAAAAUCAAAUAACACCUAAACAAACAAUUUUAGCUACCGAUUUUCAGUAAAUUUUUAACGAACAAUUUUCUUUUAAGUUUCAAGGCAAUUUGAAGAUUCAAAAUACAUAUUACGUACUAAAAUACGAAAGUUAUACACCACAAAAUUGAUAAAUAGGCCUGAAAUGAAAUUCUAUCUUGUUAUUGAUUAUACGUUGCCUAGCACGUGACUAAAAUCUACCUAGGCGGAGAUCCAAAAUGACGGUGGCAGUCUUGGCUUAUUUAUAUCACUCAAAACUCGUGCCUUUUUGUCUCAUUUGAUAAAGAGGGAAUCGUUAAUGUUUUCAUUAAGACAGUAUUGCCUUGAUUUUCUAAUAUUUACAAUGAUAGACAGUAAAUUUCACUUUUCACCCACAUUUACUUCCAACCUUUUCUUUUGAACCAGAAACAAAAAUGAUAUACGUUUAAAACACAUGACAUCAUCCACCCUUGUCAAAUGUAAUAGCAUUAUCAUUUCAAUUGUAAUGCCUUCUUAUCCCAACGUUACUUUGUUUCUUUGCUACAUUAGCGAACACUGAACUACUGCUCGUACUCUAGAUACGACAAUCAACCAUAAAAUUUCCUAAACCAGAUAACAUUAAACAUAAUCCAAAAAAUCAUGCGUCAAUUCACGAGUUUGCUCAUAGAGCACUUUGAUUUUUCCUUGGCCCGAUGGUUUUCUAAGGAUUUUUAUCUACGAUUAUUGAAAAUUUCAGGGUUUUCCGGAAGAAUUGAGAAUUAAAAUGAAGAAAAUAAGUGUUGCCUUUAGUUUUUCUUCCCCCAAUGGUUCUCUUAGGAUAUGUAUGUAUUAAUAUUUUAAAUGUUCAGGGGUUUCCGUGGGAUUAAAAAUCAGAGUAAAGAUAAUAAGUGUUGCCCCUUUUUUUUCUUCCCCCAAUGGUUUUCUUAUGAUAUUUAUGUACUAUUAUUUAAAAAUUUCAGGGGUUUCCUGAAGAAGCAAUAAUCAAAGUGAAGCAAAUAAACCCAUAUAUCCUUGGAGAGAUGAUUUAUAACCUGGGGAAAGGAAAAGCAUCCUCAAAUCUCAGUGAAUUUGAGCAGACGAAAGUCAAAUUUUUAAAAGCAGCCAUCCAUUCCAUUUCACAAGUAUUGGAUGAUGGAGCUGAUCUUGAAAAUGCAGUUUUCAUCGUUGCCCUUCCAGGCCUCCAGUUCGCCCUCAAAUCUGGAGCAGGUGAUUGGGAAUACUAUUUUUCCCAAGACGACAACAACAAAAUCAUCAGGAAAUGUACCAGAAAGCCUUGGGUGUACUAUGUCUGGGACGGGAUCAAAUUCACUUAUACUAUAAUCCCCCAAAUCUUGUCAACUCUACUUUCAAUUUUAAUAGCAGUUCAAAAUUUAAUGAACACUUGUGGAGACACCCAGGGAAAGAACAAGUAA